GGUCCUUAUACUUAGUACCAUGACAAAAUAAAUCAUGCUUAGUACUAAAUAUAAGGUCUAUGUUCGGCCCAUGAGAAUAUCAGUGAUUCGGAUUAUUUGGACAUUGGCACCAAGAUGGUCUACCUUGAUCAAUGAUCGGCAUCUUUGCAUAUCACAGACCACAGUCCACAGUAUCACACUAUCUGACCAUUAGUUUAGGAGUGUUAUCACGACGGUUAUGAGUGGUCGUCAUUCGUCCGUGUCCCGUGACGAAAGACGAUGUUGAAAUGUCGAAUGUUUUUCAAAAUUUGAUCGGACGGCACCGGCUUCCUCAGGCCUCGACCGUGCUCACGAAUUAUUUGCGACAAACUAACGAGCCACCGUGGACUUCAUUUUUCAUUAAAUACACUUCGGUGAUCGACGACCAAAGGGGCCGGUCGCACUUCAAUUGGAAAACUGGUGACUCAAACUAUCACAUUUUACGUUCCGGCUGUUUCCCAUACAUAAAGUACCAUUGCACCAAAAGGCCAUACGAAGACCUGCUAGUAGAGGACCGAUUGUUUAAUAUUUUAAAGAUCGUCAACCUGGGUAUACCAUUGCUUUUGUAUGGGCUUUUGUAUGGUUUAUCUGCUGUUUUUAUGAUUUCAUAUAAAGAAAUAGUGAAGACACCUGAAGGAGAUGUUUAUGUUUAUUUUCUUUUAAAAGAAGAUAAGGGUUCAACACAUUAAAACAAUUUCAAUAUAGAUAGUAUGUUUUAGACAAAACUGAAAUAAAUGUUGUAACUUUAUAAA